AUGUUUUUUGGGAAAAAUUCUCUGGCUACUUGUGUGCUGAUUGGUGAUGGUAGAAGCUGCUCCUCUAGUUGUUCAAUUGUUAAUAGAGGUGUUAAGGAUGCAACAAUUCUUGUAGAAGUUGGAGUGGCAGGUUCUUGGCAAGGGAAAGACGCAACAGAUGAUUUUGAAGAUGCUGGACACAGCAAAAGUGCGAAAGAGCUCAUGCAGAACUUUUGCGUUGGUGAGCUUGACACACCCUCCGCAAUCAUCCCAGAACUUGAAAUUUCCUCCAAGAAGGAAACAGCUGAUUACUCUCAGAAGCUCAUGGACUUGACAAAGCAAUACUGGGCUGUUCCUGUGGCGGUUGUUGGCAUAUCUGUGGUUGUUGGAUUCUUAUACCUGCGUAAGAAGCAAAGCAAUAUGAUUUUUUUCCCUAUUGGCAGCUGA